AUGACAAGGACAAUAAAGAAAUUGCUAGCCGGAGAGCUGAUCCGAAUAAAAGAGUACACAGAUAUGUGUGUGAAAUCGGUCCAAAGAGCAGAAUCAGAAGACCAUUAUCGACAAAUUGGCCAUUAUUUGAAAUACAUGGAAGAUGACCUGAUGCAGUUAUUUAGGGGGAAACAUCCCCUCGUAAUGCCACAGUUUGCAGAAACCCUCCAGCCAAAUCGCAACCAUCAACAGGCAAUAGACAGAUGCUACAACUCCUUCGUGAAUGACCUUGACCUAAAUUCGACGCCUUUUCUAGACCACCUUGUUGAAGAUGAUCUGGUGUCUGUCGCCAGCGUGGAGAGCAUCCAAACACGACCAACAUCCAGGGCACGCAAUGAGGCAUUGAUGUACAUUCUCAAAACGUGCACUUCGGGGACAAUUAAUAAUGUUAUAAUUCCAGCACUUCAAAAGACACACCCACAUCUUGCUCAGAAGUUAAAAGCUGAGAUGGCAAAGCCUGGUCAAACUGUUCCCAGCAAAUGUCUCGCCUGCCGAGUAAGACAGGACGUUCAGGUUAAACGUCUCGCCGACUCCCUGCUGAAACACAAAAUGAUCGGUUUCCCAUCACAUUCUGACUACAAGAAUCCGGCAAUGACAAACACUGUCAAAUGGAUUGCUCUACUAAAAGAAGUCAAUACGGCAGGAAUUAUUAAAUCCCUUCAAAAGAAAUAUCCAGAUUUACAUGCUGAGUGUCAAAUCAAGAAACUGAAUACUUUACAGUGUAUUUGUGUUAUGGAAGAUGAAGAAAAAGAAAUGGACGUGGCGAGAUUAUCGGAUUUGGAAUCAAUAUCAUCUGGAUAUGACGACAGCUUUGAACAUGAUAGCGAUUUAACAGACAUGUGUUCACCAAAAGGUAUGCUGUCACCAACAGAAGAUACGGACUAUGGAAAGCAUCCAGUUUGUUCAGAAUUGUUUCGUAAACCUGUACAGAAGGUAUUGUCUUCUGAAGAAAAAUGCAAACCAUCUUCGCAGCAUGGAAGUGUACCGGUGGUAUGGCCUUCUAAACUACCUGACAAACCGUUUUCGCAGCAUGGAAGUGUACCGGUGGUAUGGCCUUCUAAGCUACCUGACAAACCGUUUUCGCAGCAUGGAAGUGUACCGGUGGUAUGGCCUUCUAAACUACCUGACA